AGGCAGCCGGGAGCCUCCUCCGGCCUCCCGGAGCGAGCUUGGGGCUCGGAGCCGGGACGAGGGCAGCUCCCGGAGCUCCCCCCCCGGUGCUCGCCGUGCCCCUGCCCCGGUUCCCGUUGAAGCCCGGCGGCAGCGGGCGCCUCUCUUCUCCCCCUGAGGGGGAGCACGGAGCUCCCCUGGGGGCCGCGGGCAGCUGCGGGGCUCUGCCCAUGACUAACGCGAAGGACCCGAAGAGAGCCAUGGAGUCCUCGCCGGCGACCUCCAGCCCUGCAGGCCCCGUCACCUUCUCGCAAGUUUUCGGGCAGCAGUGCCAGCUGAUGGAAGCAGCUGUGGAGUCACUGCACUCCUUGAACGACCAGAUCUCCCAUUUUAUCGUGAACAAGUCAAAAACGCUGGACGAAGACGAAGAUGCCUUUCUGCCUAGUGAGAAGGAAUCUCUGAAAAGUGCCAUGAUGCUGAUGAGGCACCUCUUAAUGGACGCACAGGCCAAAAUCCUGCACAUGAUGGACGACAACAAGCAGCUGGCGCUGCGCAUCGACGGGGCGCUGCAGGCGGCGGGCCAGGAGGUGACGGCGCUGCGCGCCGAGCUGGCCGCCACCGGCCGCCGCCUCGCCGAGCUGGGCAGCGACCCGGCCAUGGAGCACGGCCCGCAAGCGCUGCUGCGAGAAGAGGUGGCCCAGCUGCAGGAGGAGGUCCACCUGCUCCGGCAAAUGAAGGAGAUGCUGUCGAAAGACCUGGAGGAGACGCACGGCACCAAGUCCCCCGAGGUGCUCUCGGCCACCGAGCUCAAGGUGCAGCUGGCACAGAAGGAGCAGGAGCUGGCGCGCGCCAAGGAGGCUCUGCAGGCCAUGAAAGCCGACCGCAAGCGCUUGAAAGCCGAGAAGACGGACCUGGUGAGCCAGAUGCAGCAGCUCUACGCCACGCUGGAGAGCCGCGAGGAGCAGCUCCGCGACUUCAUCCGCAACUACGAGCAGCACCGGAAAGAGAGCGAGGACGCAGUGAAAGCCCUGGCGAAGGAGAAGGACCUGCUGGAGAGGGAGAAGUGGGAGCUGCGGCGGCAAGCCAAGGAGGCGACGGACCACGCCAGCGCCCUGCGCUCCCAGCUCGACCUGAAAGACAACCGCAUGAAGGAGCUGGAGGCCGAGCUGGCCAUGGCCAAGCAGUCCCUGGCCACGCUGACCAAGGACGUCCCCAAGCGCCACUCCUUGGCCAUGCCGGGCGAGACGGUGCUGAACGGCAACCAGGAGUGGGUGCUGCAGGCAGACCUGCCGCUGACGGCCGCCAUCCGGCAGAGCCAGCAGACCCUGUACCACUCCCACCCCCAGCACUCGGCCGACCGGCAAGCGGUCCGGGUGAGCCCCUGCCACUCCCGGCAGCCGUCCAUCAUCUCUGACGCCUCGGCGGCAGAAGGCGACCGCUCGUCCACGCCGAGCGACAUCAACUCGCCCCGGCAUCGGACGCACUCGCUCUGCAACGGGGACAGCCCCGGACCGGUACAGAAGAACUUGCACAACCCCAUUGUACAGUCUCUGGAAGACCUGGAGGACCAAAAACGGAAAAAGAAGAAGGAGAAAAUGGGCUUCGGCUCCAUCUCGCGGGUGUUCGCCCGGGGCAAGCAGCGCAAGUCCCUCGACCCCGGGCUCUUCGACGGCACGGCCCCCGACUACUACAUCGAGGAGGAUGCGGACUGGUGACCCCGAGCACCGCUGUGCAUCCCCCCCAACCCUGCGUGUGCAUCCCCCUGCUGUUGUGUUGUAAUUUCGUUCCCCCUUUUAUUCCAUAUUUUUUUUUGGGGGUUGUUAUUUUAUUUUUGCAUUCCAGUAACUCUUCCUUCUUCGUCCGUCGCUUCGUUUUUUUGUCGUUUUGGGAUUUUUUUUUUUUUUUUUUCGUUUUCUCCCCUCCUUCUUUUGAUGAAACUUGAAACUUGAAGGACUGCUGCGUGUCUGUAAAUAACGGGAAUCUCGUGCACUUUGUGCUUGUGACGUCUCUUGUCCGAAACCGCUGUUUUCCGGAGCCUCUGGAACCCGCCUUGGAGAGGGGGACCCCGCCGUCUUAAGAGACCUUAAAAAAGAAAGGAAGAAAAAGAAAAAAAAGCCACCAAAAUCACGUUCGCCGUGACUGUCCCCCUGGCCAAAAUCCGAGGAGGCAGCACCCGGGCUCGUCGUAACGCCUGCCGGUCUGGAAUAAGUGUUUUCCCUUUCCUUGUGUUGUUUUAAUUUAUUUGCACAAACCCAGAGAGGAGCUAUUCUAACUAAAUUAUUGCAGAAAUUUUGGGGGGGGUUUUAUAUUUUUCCAUGUUGGUGGGGGGGGGCUGGGGGAGGAGGAAGGGGCUCUUUGUACUGUACUGUCCUGGGGCGCUGCCCGCGGGCGGGAGGAUGUGGAUGGGGACCGGGGACCGGCGCGGUCGGACGGCCGCGAGCAUCCUCGUCCCGGCUGCGAGAGCACUUAACGCCUUGGAAAAAAAAAAAAGGACAAAAAAAAAAAAUACACACAAAAAAACGCAACCUCAACGUUUUCUGGGAAAUCAGGCUUCUCCCUGCUUUGUUUUUCCCGGAUUUGGGGUGCUCGCCCUUCGCUGGAAUUAAAACUGGGGGGAAGCGCUGCGAGCUCGGAGCCGGGGGCAGGCGGCGUGGGGCAGCACCGGGUUUUGGGGCAUUAUUGUCGCCGGGGCGCUGGGUACGGCCACGGAGCUCACGCUCCGAAAUCCGCUUAAAACGCCCCAAAAUCACCCCGCCAGCAGCCGCUUCCCCCCCACACACACCACUAACACGCGCCGCGCUCUGCUUACGGCAAGUACCUUACGCUUUAACGCUUACGAUAUAAUUUGAAGCUCUUAAAAAAUGUAUGAAGAUUAUUUAAUAACGCUGCGCUCGUGGAUUGUUUUUCUUAAUUUCGGUAGCGCCCGCCCUGUGUCGAAGGGGAUAUUUUGGCUUACAGCCCAGGAGCCGACCUGCGGCCGCCCUCGUGCUCCGCGCUCCCUCUAUCGUGAUGAUGCUGGGGGGGCCGCGGCGGUGCUGGGGGUGGGCCCGGUGGCCUCUGUCCCUGCAGAAAAAGAUUUUUUAUACAUUUGUCCUUUUUUUUGUUGUUGUUUUGUUUUGGUUUUGUUCUUUUUUUCUCUUCCCUCUCUUUGCAUUUUUCUAAUUUAAACUCUCACCCAACAAACCAGACGAGCAAUCUCCUUGUUAUCAAGUAGUUUCCUUUGCAUUUCAGCUUUUUUUUUUUUGUAAAUUAGGAAAUAAUUCUUAAAAAAAAAUAAAAAAAAAUGACUAAGAGGAUGAUUUAUUUAAAAGAGAACUUCGAGAAAUAGCAUAUGGAUUAUGGGUAACAUUAGAUUUAACUUUUUUCCCCCCGUGAGUGGGGAAGAAUCCUUGAAGGCAUGGAUGCAAAUAUAAAAAAAAAUAAUAAAAAAAAUAUAAAAAAUCUAAAUAAAGCUUAUUUUAAAGUA